UUCUACAUAUACAUGACUUGUCUUUCCCUUUCAUUUGCCACCAAAGAGAAAUGGUUUAAUGUUGUUUGUGCUGAUCUCUUUUUCGCAUUCUUACAUAUAUUAUCACUUGACUCAAAAAAAAAAAAACACUUUAAAAGGCACGAAAAUUUGCAUUGAUAGUAGAAGAAGAUUUUCUUUCUUGGCUCUACUUGUGUAAUAUUAUUUGGUGAUUUGAUCUAUAUUUGUCUCUCUCUCUUUAUCGAUCUAUGGAUUCACGAGCAAAAAGAAGUCAAUCUAGUAGCAGAAAGUCUCCUGCCAUGAGGCUAGAUGGGGAAGAUGAGUUUCAGGAAGAUAUAUGGUCAGUUUUGAGAGAAGCAAAAACUUCAGGUCAUGAAACAAAAAUACCCAAAAGUCAUUUUUCUUCACCAUCUUCUUCUACUUCUUUUACAUCUUCACCGUGGAACAUUCAUAGAAGCAAGGAUGUCUCAGGGGAAAAACAGUCAUCUGCACCUAUGAAUGUUCCUGAUUGGUCUAAGAUUUAUGGUAAUGCAAGGAGCAAGGAGAGGAGUAUUCAUAAUUUGCAUUCUCACGAUGAAGAUGAUGAUGAUGGUUGCAUGGUUCCUCCACAUGAAUGGGUUGCAAGAAAGCUAGCGAAAACACAGAUCUCAUCUUUCUCUAUGUGCGAAGGAGUUGGAAGAACACUCAAAGGAAGAGAUCUAAGCAAAAUGAGAAAUGCUGUUUUGACAAAAACUGGAUUCUUGGAGUAAGUAAAAUAUAAUAUCUCAUCAUCAUCAUCCAUGUGCAUCGAUCAUGAAUUCCAUAACUCUUGUUAACAUUAUCACCAUGAAAACUCUCAACUACAUGGCUUCCACAUCAUCUUCAUUAUCAAUGUCAUUGUCGUCAUCAUCAUGUGGGGAUCACUAAACCAAGAGGCUCUUUUUGUUGUUUAAUUAUUAUUGUGUUUCAGUGUGUUAUUUAGACUAGAUAAGUACCAUAGUGGUGAUGAUGACUUGUCAUCUCCAUGCAGGUCCCCUUUUAUUUUAUCUUCUGUUGUUUAUUUUGGGUUUCUCUUUGAAGUUUUAAUCAUCUAAAAUUAGAGCAUAGCUAGAGAACCAUGUCCUUUAGAACCUUUAGUUGGAUCCUCUUUGAGAUCUUCACCAUUUUUUGGUGAAAGUUUUUGUCUUUUGCUAUUAAUGUUCUAUAUUGAAGAUAUAUUUAAUUUACAUUGGAUUGUUUGGACUUAAAUAUAUUGAAGAUAUAUUUAAGUUCUUUGAUAA